AUGCUAAGACGUCUUGGCUUCAAUAACCUAUGGGUUAGUUGGAUCAGUGAAUGCCUCAUAUCAUCCAGAGUGUCUGUGCUUGUGAACGGAAGCCCUUCAGAGGAAUUCAGUUCCAAAAGGGGGCUUAGACAGGGUGAUCCACUGUCCCCGUUCCUUUUCACAGUGGUAGCGGAAGGGUUAACAGGAUUGAUGAGGGAAGCAGUGAGUCAAAAUAGCUUUUGUGGUGUGAAGGUUGGCUCUCAACAGGUUCCUAUCAGUAUUAUCCAAUACGCUGAUGAUACUAUGUUUAUUGGUGAGGCAAACAUACAGAAUGUAAUGGCAAUUAAAAGUAUGAUGAGAUGCUUCGAGAUGGUUUCAGGUUUGAAAGUCAACUUUUGUAAGAGCAAGUUUGGAGCUAUGGGAAUUGAUUCUGGUUUGGUGGAAGGUUAUGCUCACUUAUCGAAUUGCACACUUCUAUCCUUUCCUUUUACAUAUCUCGGGAUUCCCAUUGGCGCCAAUCCAAGGAAGAAAGAGACGUGGAGGCCCACCGUUAUCAAAAUUCAGAAAAAGUUGUCAUCAUGGAAGUGCAAGGUCCUAUCAAUGGCUGGUAGAGUGUGCUUAUUGAACUUGGGUUGUAAGGAAGAUCAACGCAAAAUUUGCUGGAUAAGCUGGGAUACGGUGACUUUGCCAAAGAAGAUGGGAGGAUUAGGAGUCAAAAAUAUUACCAGGUUUAAUAUGGCUUUGUUAGCCAAGUGGAGGUGGUCUCUUUUUCACCAAAAUGAUUCUCUAUGGGCCAGGGUAUUAUAUUCGAGAUAUGGUGGUGGGACAAAUCUUUGUGCUCAAAGUAGUUCCCGAAGUGAUUCCAUAUGGUGGAGGGAUCUACUUAUGGUAUGUGGUGGACUAGAACAAGACAAUUGGUUUGAAAGGAAGUUUAAGUGGAGAAUUGGAUCUGGAUCAAGAGCUAGAUUUUGGCUAGAUAAUUGGACGGGCCCAACCUGCCUAGCAAGUGUUUUUCUGAGGCUAUUCACUAUUUCUGAGCAGCAAAAUCAUUUUAUUCAGGAUAUGGGAUCUUGGAAGGACAAUAGUUGGGCUUGGAAGCCACAAUGGAGGCGGGAAAGGUUCGAAUGGGAGAUACCGUUGGGGCAGCAAUUAAUGCAACAACUUGCAGAAUGUAGUCCUAGGGCCGAGCAGGUUGACUCAUGGUGGUGGUUGUGUGAACCGUCUGGAACUUAUACAGUCAGGUCUGCAUAUAGUGCCAUCACCUCUGAAGUUGUUGUAGGAUCCAAUAAUGGUGCACCUAACAUUAUUUAG